UUUAUACUCAUAUUUUUACAAUUUUGCUUUUAUUUAUUUAUACGGAUGGAGCAUGGAGGAUGGACAAAUUUCAAUCUCAAUGAAAUCUGAUUAAGUGAUAAAACUCAGAGCUGGUUUCAGUUGCAUGGUAAUCAACAAAUUCGGCACUAUUGUUCUUGAUUACAUACAGUCAUACAGAGCUAAUGCCGCCAUCGCUAGCUGAUCAUCCUGUCCCACGUCAUAAUGGCGAUGCCUUUACUCCGAUCGGGACUCUUACCCGAAACGAAUAAAAUAUUACAAGAAUAGCCACCCUGUGAUGAUGGGAAAAGAAUAAAGAUAAGGCACUAUCCCAGGGGCCGGUAGAGACCAGGUAAAAGCCAAGUGAUGGAGGAAGAGACGGCGCUAGUCCCAGCGCCGGACAGUGGAAUAAAGGCGGCGCGGCGGGAGGCGUUCAUCGGAGAGUUGAAAGAGGUGAAUCGCAUAGCUUUGCCGAUGAUUGUAGUGACAGUGUCACAAUAUCUGUUGCGGACUUCUCCAAUGCUAAUGCUAGGCUACCUCGGAGAGCUUCCACUGUCCAGCGCUUCCAUCGCCACAUCUCUCUGCAAUGUCACCGGCUUCAGCCUUCUUUAUGGAAUGUCUAGUGCGUUGGAGACGCUUUGUGGGCAGGCAUAUGGGGCGGGACAAUAUCGAAAACUAGGAACAUUUACUUAUGGUGCCAUUCUGUGUCUGUUCCUAGUCUGCAUUCCAGUGGCUGCCCUAUGGUUAUUUACAGAGAAAUUGUUGUUACUAACCGGUCAAGAUCCUCCAAUCGCAGCGGGGGCAGGUAAGUAUGCCAUAUGGCUCAUUCCUACUCUGUUCCCUUACGCGAUUCUCCAGUCUUUGGUUCGGUAUCUUCAGGCCCAGAGCUUGAUCAUUCCAAUGCUCUAUAGCGCUGUUGCGUCUCUAUGCGUCCAGCUGCCACUUUGUUAUGCUUUUAUCUUCAAACUGAAUUUGGGGAGUGCUGGAGCUGCAUUAUCAAUUGGUCUUUCCUAUUGGUUGAAUGUGAUUUUGAUUUUGUUCUAUGUGAAGAACUCGUCCACCUGUAAAAGAAGCCAUGCCACUUUCUCUAGGGAUGUAUAUCUGACUAUGGGGGACUUCUUUCGGUUUGCUAUCCCUUCUGCUGUAAUGGUCUGUUUGGAGUGGUGGUCAUUUGAGCUGAUUGUAUUGUUAUCUGGAAUCCUCCCAAAUCCAAAACUUGAGACAUCUGUUCUAUCAAUAUGCCUCACAACCACUUCGGUUCACUACCACAUUCCUUACUCUUUUGGCGCUGCUGCAAGUGUUCGAGUUUCAAAUGCUCUUGGAGGUGGAAAACCGGAGGCUGCAAGAGUUAGCCUCAUAGCAGUCCUGGUUUUAUCAGCCACAGAGGUUAUCCUGGCGAGUUUAACCAUUUUUUGCUGCCGUAGUGUGUGGGGGCAUGUGUUUACUUACGAGCAAGAAGUGAUCGGUUACGUGAAAAAAAUGGUCCCUCUUCUGUGCCUCUCUAUCCUCUUGGAUGGGACACAAGCAGUACUGUCUGGGGUUGCUAGAGGGACUGGAUGGCAAAGCAUAGGGGCAUAUGUUAACCUUGGUUCGUAUUACUUGGUUGGAGUUCCUGCCGCGCUUCUGCUUGGUUUUGUUUUGCACCUUAAAGGGCAGGGCCUGUGGGGUGGAUUAGUUGCUGGAGCUUUGGUUCAGUGCACUGCCUUUUCUCUUAUCACAGCCUUCACUGAUUGGGGGAAACAGGCAAUUGCAGCUAGACAAAGGCUGUUGGAUAACAAAAGGAUGCCUUCUCAGAUUGAGUUUCUUGAGUAAAAGAGGGAGAAAGUUGAAUUCGGGAAACAAAAGAAUAAGCUAUUUUUUUAAUAACUGAUUCAGCUGGACAGAUGAGUAGAUCAGCGAGCAUUGCUGAACAUAAAUGCCUUCACUUCAUCGUCUUGCUCCCGCACACUUGGUAUAACUAAGUGUACAGUAUAGUUUGGGAUUUACAUCCAUUGCUAGACGUUACAAAGAUUUAUUAUUUAAUUAUUACCACAACCUCAUUGGACAUUGUCAAAUUUGUAUUAGGUAUGAAAUAAGAAAAGUAAAAUUGUAUCAUUGAUAGUUAUGAGGAGAGAGAGAAAAAUCGCAAUCUCAAAUUAUUUACCUGAAAAAGAAAGUGAUAAUUUUUUUUAUGAUAAACAAAAAUUGACAUAGUUCAAUGAGACUCAAGGAAUAUCAUUCAAAUAAUAAUUACAAAGGUAUAGUACAAAGUAGCAUAGAUGCAUCAGGUGUGAAAUUUUAUACCAAGAUAACAUUUUAAUCAUUGUUGCACCACCAUACACCAAAAAAAUAAUUGGAUAGACACGAAUUUAACACAACUUGAUCGAUAAUUUUGUGCUAAAAACUAGCUCAUGACAAAAAGUUAUUAUAUUACUCCCUCCAUCUCACUAUCAGUGUCAAUUUUUCUUUUUUCGUCUGUCUCAUUAAAUUUGUCUCAUACUAUAUUUGGUAAUAUUUG